ACAAGGUUUAUAUGCCAUGAACAUAACGAAGCCAUUAACACAUUCUUGACAGUCUGCAACCCAGAGAUCGGUGUGGAGCGUGAGUGCAACAAGUGCCACCAUGGCGUCCACCCAUGUCAACGUUCCCGGUAAGCCCGCCGAGACUAGCACCGCCCUCCUGGAGACGGCCGCCGCUGCCAUCCAAGGCUUCGAUCCCAUCAACAAGAUCCACCAACACCUCUGCGCUUUCCACUUCUACGGGGACGACAUGACGCGGCAGGUGGAAGCACACCACUUCUGCUCGCACCAGAACGAGGAGAUGCGGCAGUGCCUGAUCUACGACGGCGAGGGGCCGCGUGCGAAGUUGAUCGGCGUGGAGUACAUUGUGUCGGAGGCGCUGUUCCUGGCGCUGCCGGACGACGAGAAGCCGCUGUGGCACUCCCACGAGUACGAGGUGAAGAGCGGGAUGCUGUUCAUGCCGCAGGUGCCCGGCGCCGUCCAGCGACCGGACAUGGAGCAGGUCUGCAAGACAUACGGCAAGACUUACCAUUUCUGGCAGGUGGACCGCGGCGAUGAGCUCCCGCUCGGCCUUCCCCAGCUCAUGAUGGCGUUCACCCGAGACGGGCAGCUGCGACAGGAAUUAGCCAAAGAUAUCGAACGCCGGUACGAGAUCUCUUUUGAGGAGGAGACGGAGAAGAGGAGGUACAUGGCAGGUCCAGAUCAUGGAAUUCACCCACUGGCUAAUGGACCAGGGAAAGGGCGGAGAUUGGCGCUGAGAGAGGUGGAUGUUCCUCCAGUUGGUUCUGUGCCAAGAGCCUUCAUUUGAUAUGAAUGAUAACUUGUUGGAGUCAGUAAUCAUCGGUCUAAGUUACUACAUACCUGCAGUUUCUUGUUGGUGUAGUCAAAUAUUUUGGUCUACUUGUACAGUUGGCAAUAAAAGUGCAUGCUUUCAGAGAAAACAGUGAGGCGAUCUUGGUAAGAUGAUGAAGAUUUUUUAGCUAUCAAACCUCAAUUAUAAUUUUCAAAGAAUAGCAAACAUGGUUUAUAUUCUUAUUUUCUAUCAAUCAUUGAUUGU